GACAGGAAGCGUGCACAACCAGAUGGCGGCCGCGACGACCUCGCACAAGGAGAUGACGGCCAAACUCACCACACGCAGGUGGAUGAUGCCCAGAAUGACACUCUGCAGACUGGCCAAUUGCAACCCGAUGGCGUGCACAAUGACCCGGCGAGUGAAACCGUACCAGAGCAGCGCGCUUCUCGGUAG